AUGGCCCCAUCUACCUCUAGCAAUCGUUGUCUGCAUGGAAAUCUAACCUCAGUGCUCACCACCAAGUCUGGGUCACGCAUCGACAUUGAGCUCGAUGAACGGGUCGUUAAGGAGGAAGACGCCGACGAUGGGGCAUGUUGGCCAUCGACCUCGACCGGCAUCGGCAAGACCAAUACGGCUCGCGAGCGAGUCCAUCGUAUCAGAUUUCUUGGCGUCUGGUGUCGCUCGUUCCUCUCUGACCUCAAGGUAUGCUCGACACUGAAGCUUAACCUGCACGCGUACGAGCCCGACUUUGAUGCGACGGAAAAUCGUUGGGAAUUCAGGAACGGUGUACGCGCCAAGCUGCUGAUAGACAACCCGGCUGAGAAUCAGUUGCCCUUCAUUCUAAAGACGGUCGAUAUAAGUCCACGUCUUUCAGACGACUUAUCUGAUUCAUCAUCCAUUGCUGAACGGGCACCAGAUCCUCAAGCAGCCAUCUCAUCCACAAGUCACUCUAAACGCGGCCUCCAAGCCAGUCAUGAAGACCACAGAGAAACCAACGGUUCCACCAGAUCGACAGCCAAACGAACCCUGCCGGCGCGCGAUCAAUCUACUCCGUUGACGAAUCAACCAGGCUCCUCGUCAAACGGCCAAAACCCUCACAAACGGGUACACGUUGACUCUAGUCAACCGCUUCACCACCCUGACCAUCAUUCAGAUACUCAUCAGACCUCAACUCGUCCAAACUCCGCUGCCUCUCAUCCUUCGAAUCGUUCUAAUCCGAAUAAUCCUGCAAAUCAAUCCCGGCCAACUCCCUCACAACAAGCAUCUCCUCUUGCAAAUCCAUCCCGUCCAGCUCUUUCACAACUUCCAACGAAUCGCCCACCAGCCUCCCAGUCAGCGGUCAUACCGUUGAAGACGUUGAGGGAGAUAGAGCAGCUUCAAGGAGGACAGAAACAGUCAUUUAAUCUGAUAGCCCUGAUCGACGAUAAAAAGACGGAGAAGUGCGAGCGAGUUUCGGGUGGUACGUCGGAUUACAAGAUGACUCUCUAUGUCAGCGACUCGUCACGCAAUCCGGGCACGAGGAAUAUGACCUGCAACCUAUUCUGGAAGAAGGCUGAAGACUGUCCGCCUUGGGAGAAAGCGCUUUGGAAAGUGAUCUUCCUCUUCAACGUUCAUAAACGGCCUUCGUCAAUCUACGAUCCUCAGAUCAUCGGCCCUUCGAACCAGUUCCAAUGGGCACUCUGGUGUCCCGGAUACAUUGGCUCGGCCGAGCAAUUCCUCUCCUCCAACAAAAACAUCAAUCAAUUUUGUUCCCUCUUUGGCUCCUCUCCUGCUGAUCUCAAGGCCAAGGCUCUCGCCCUUUAUCAACCUUCAGGUGGCCAAUCUUCAGCCGCUCUUUCUCAAUCCUCCAUAGCCAUCUCCCAUUCGAUCCCUAUGACGAUCUCCGAGCUUGGACAUGGUCCACGCCAGAGAUUUGAUUUGUGUGUUGAAAUCAUUGAUCUGUGGGUCGAUGGAGAAGGUAGCGAUCGGCUGACAGUAACGGACUAUACCCGGAACCUGAUCCUGCACAUGCAGAACCCGGUGAUCCUGAUGGACGGACUGUCGAGCUCGUCCCCGAUAGCAGAUAUGCACCGAGAAGCCGGGGGGGAUGCGGACAAUUGGGCAUUGACAGAGAGUCGGCUUCUGACGGUAUACAUCGAGCAGCCGAUCCUACAGACAUGCUAUGGCCACUUCAGACAAUCUGAAACCAAUCAACUCUCAUCCGGAUCUGCACACGGCCACGACUACCGCUCCACCCUCCUCGGCCGCUUCGUUCGCCUCUCUCAACUCGACCUCCGCAUUCGGGCCGGUAGCACCAACAACGGCGUCACUUACGCUUUGAUGGCUAACCCCUUUAAACCCCGCGUUUCUAGGCCUGAUGAAAGCUUCGAAAUGGACGCCGACUCUCGCGCACUCCUCGCCGACAGAAUCGUACCCCUCUCCACCUCGGAACCCGCCUUUCAAAAGCUGUUGUGCGAUAAAGAGAUCUAUCAGCGCGAAUUGCAAGGAUCUGUCUGA